CCAGCCCCAUCCAUCGCCCCAACACCACGCCAUGACUGCCUCCCGCCUCUCAAACACAGGCUAGCAGCCCACACCAAUGCAACAGACAGACGAGCACGCAGCCACCCAUGCACCCGCCCACACCUCCUAUCCGACCACCCCUGCCUCGUCAACAGCUGCUCAGUCAAGCGCGUGAACAAGUGCUCAGCCUCCCUCCCCCACACCCCAUCGACGGUGCCGACCAGAGGGGUGAAGGUCAUGGACAGAUCCUCGCAAACGCGCACGUGCUUGUUCUUCUUUCUGCACUCGUGCGUCGCCAGGAUGGAUUGUAUGGGGCGGGUACCGUAUGAGGGAGCAUCAGCGUCGGUGACGCAUACGUCGAACGAUACAUCUCUCUGGCGGUCCCACACAUCACGGAUCACCAGGUCCGUCCUGGCCUCCUCCCUCCCCUGCCCAUCCCCCUCCUUCAACACCACCUCCUUGUAGACGCUGUCUGCCCCAAAGGCCAUCCUGCUGACGUCGCCAAUCACAUCCCGCAGCUCGUUGUAUCGCUGUAUCACCAGCCCGCCCUUCGCGCAGUCCAGGGCAUGGGUGAGGGUAAAGGUGCAACCGCACCCUGGGCAGCUGGAGGGGAGGUUGGGUGGGCGGUAGCCGUAGCGAACAGCCAGGCCGUCCCGGAAGGUAUCGCCGCUGAGGUCGGUCUGAUCGCUGCACGAUGGCAUGGCGGUAAGCCACGCAUGCGUCUUGGCCUCCUGCGCCCGCCGAGCCGCUCGCUGGCAUCCUGGAGGAAGGCGGGAGACGCCGUCGGUGAAGCGCUCCUUGGCCUGUGCGUCCGCCCGCCUCUUCCCCUCGUGAAUCGCCGUGUGCAU